AUGAGCAUCACUGAGAAAAAAGAAAAGUCAGAGAGGGCGGUUGAUGUCGAGGGAUUAGAUGAUGGGCUUGCAGUCGAUUACGAUUUGAGCGAAAAUGAGGAAGGGACUGAGGUAAAGGGUGAGGCAGCUGAAGAUGUUGCAGGAGAGCAGGAAGGAGAACCAAAGGAGGAGGAGACAACGGUAAAAGAAGAAAAGAUUUUGAGCAAAAAGAGAAAAGUUACUGAGGCACAAAAGAGCAAGAAGAAACAAAAGAUGGAAUUUGAAAAGGAGAGCAAAAAGGCGUUGAGUUCUGAGCAGACGGAUAUCAUUGUUGAGAAGUUGAGCAGCAAGAUACGUGAGAUCUUCCCACAGCUGUCUGCACUUGAGUUGACCGACUACUACUUGAGCAAGUCAAAUGUUGUUGAUACGAACGACUUCACUCCGGAGCGUGGACUUGCGUUCUUCCGCCAGUUCAUCGAGAUGUAUAUGGAGGAUCUGGUUCCCAGCAUAAAGGAGUACAAGAAGCUCCGGAACAAGAUCAAGAAGUACGAGACAAAGAAGCGGUUCAAUAAGAACUUCGAGAAGACGGUCACUAUUCCAAAGCGUCGGUUCAUCCUCAUUCUGUCGAUAUCGGCAAUCAGAGCGUGUGACGUGCACAGGGCUACGAGAGACAUCGAGGGCGGCUCGAUCAAGUUGAUCCAGAAAAACCCCAUUGGCCAGGACCUCAAAAUGUUGCGGACGACGUGGAGCCGGGUUCUAAACGCCACGCCCAGCCGUGUCGAUAAGAUUUUGGAGAUCUCCAAGAUGGACCACGAGAAGAACCCGGACGCCGGGUUCAGUCUCAAGGAGGACGAGAUCGACGCCGUCGUGUUGGACAACUACGUCGACCCGAAGUUGAGAAGCGUUCUCGAGUGCGGCGAGACGUUCGAGUUGUUGAAGAAGCUCAAGACCGCCAACCCCGCAUUGAAGGUGUAUCUGUACUAA